UUUCCAUUUGACCAAGGAUUUUUUUUGUGAGAUCAAGGGUUUUGUCGUCAUAUCCGGAAAUGCCCAGACUGUCAUUAUAAAUAGUCAGUCCGCGCAUACGUUCUUUCUCUUCAUUGAAUAUCCCAGAAUGGCUGCCGGGAAAUUAUACACCUAUCCGGAUAGUUUCCGAGCUCAAAAGAUCUUGAUCGCCGCAGAGUACAGUGGCACCAAGAUUGAAGUGCCGGCUUUCACUUUCGGUAAAGACAAUCACACUGCCGAAUUCCUAAAGAAAUUUCCUUUGGGGAAGGUCCCAGCUUUUGAGACGAAAGACGGCAAAUGCCUGUACGAGAGCAAUGCCAUUGCUCACUACGUGGCCAAUGAACAGCUGCGUGGUUCCACUGCUGAGCUCUCUGCACUUGUUGUGCAGUAUGUCAACUUUGCAGAUCAAGAGCUCCUACCUGCGGCAGCUACCUGGGUGUUCCCAACCUAUGGGAUGAUGCAAUACCAUAAACAGUCAACAGAUAAGGCUAUGGAGGAUGUCAAGAAGUAUAUGACUAUGCUGAAUGAUGUUUUGCUGAUGAAAACCUUCUUGGUUGGAGAAAGAGUCACCCUUGCUGAUAUUGCUGUUUGCUGUGUUCUGCAAAUGCUGUACAAGCAGGUCAUGGAGCCCUCAUUCCGAGCACCCUAUGGAAAUGUCAACAGGUGGUUCACCACCUGUGUAAACCAGCCGGAGUUCAAGAAGAUCUUGGGAGACGUCAAGAUGUGCGACACCAUGGCAAAAUUUGAUUCAAAGACCUUCAAUUCUCUACACCAUAAAGACCACCACAAGAAAAAGGCCCACAAGGAGGAGAAACCAAAACAGGAGAAGAAGAAGGCGGAGCCCAAGAAGGUAGAGGAACCCAAGGAGCAGGAGCCUCCCAAGAAACCUGCAAAGGCUGACCCAUUUGCAGCACUGCCACCCAGUUCCAUGAACUUGGAUGCAUGGAAGAAGGUGUACUCUAACGAAGACACCGAGUCUAAGGCCAUCCCUUACUUCUGGGAGAAUUUUGACAAAGAGGGUUACUCUCUGUGGUUCUUGGAAUACAAGGAAGAGUACGAGAAGGACCUGGGCAUGGUUUUCAUGGCCUGCAACUUAGUUGGCGGCAUGAUACAGCGUCUGGAGAAGCUUGUCAAGAAUGGGUUUGGCAGUAUCUGCAUUUUUGGGGAAAACCACAAUUGCUCCAUUGCUGGGGUGUGGAUGUUCCGCGGACAGCAGCUUGCAUUUGAGCUGAAUGAGGACUGGAAUGUAGAUGCACCGUCUUACACAAGCAGGAGGUUGAACCCAGAUGACCCUGCUGACAAGAAGCUCAUCGAAGACUACUUCAUCCAGCGUGAGGAGCUUACUUACCGCGGCAAGAAAUUCAACCAAGGCAAAGUCUUUAAGUAAAUGCCUGUGAUUGUAGAAACCAACUAUACUGUUAUUGCAAUAAUGGAAUAAAUUGAAAUUGUCCCUUGA